UUUUUUUUUUAUUUAUUUAUUUAUAAUAGUUGUUGAAAAUUACAUGCUUUUCUUUAUUUUAUAAGCUUUCUUUAUUCUUUCAUUUAUGACAUUUACAUCCUUUUUUAUAGGCCGUUCAAAAAAGAUUAUUCUUUUCUUUCAAUGUUUAAUUGCAUGUUUAAUAGGCUUUAUAUUGUUAUCAAUACAUAAAACUUAUUAUCUUCAACAAAGGAAUAUUGUAAUUCAAGAUACAAAUAAGGUGCAAGAAGAAAGUAUUAAAUUGACUCAUAAAGUCCCCCAUACUUUCCCUUAUACAAUCAUUACUGGAUCAAGCGCAAAUCAUGUGUGUUCCUUGGAAAAUUUUUUAUACUCUUUACAUCAAUUUCGACCUGAGAUAGAACCAGACCAAUUUCCUAAAGUGGUGGUUUAUAAUAUUGGAUUGAAUAGAACUCAGUUACCUAUUUUAGAACAACUUCAACAUAAUGGCUUAAUUGAUGAAGUGAUUAUGUUUGAUCAUGAACGAUAUCCUCGGUUUUGGGACGUAGCGAUUGAUGCUGGUCAAUAUGGUUGGAAGACAGGCAUUAUAAAUGAUGCUAGAGUAAGAUAUGGUGGUGUCUUGGUUUGGCUAGAUGCUGGUAAUCAAGUCACAAAAGACUUUAUCCUCAAUAUUAAACAAAUCAUUCUCGAGGAUCCCUUUUAUGGCUUUUGGUCCCCUAAGAGUGCCUAUGGGAUGGGUAAAUGGACUCAUCGAGGCAUGUUCAAGUUCUUUGGUGCUGAUGAAAAGAUAUAUAAAUACAAAUCGAAUUGUAAUGGUGCUGCUAUUGGUUUUGAUACAACUAAUUCAACUAUUGUCAAUACCAUCAUUAUUCCUUGGUUUGAAUGUGCUUUACAAAAGAACUGCAUUGCUCCUCCUGGUUCAAAUAGAGCAAACCAUAGACAAGAUCAAGCUGUCUUGACUUAUUUGGCUUAUCUUAAUGGUCAUAAAUGUAUUAUUCAUCCAAGAGAGUUUUAUAAAUUACAAACACAUCGUGAUGUAGCAUGUAGAUCUAAUUUAAUAGAGUUAAAUUUACAAAAUAAAUUACAUCAUCCAUCGUCUAUAGAUUCACCAAAAUGGGAAAAGGUAGAUACAAUUGUAUUAUAUAAUCAUCCAGAAUGGAAAUAUCCACAAGAUAAAAUACCUAUAAAUAUAAGGAAGCCAUUAUAAUAAAUCUGGUUUUGCACAUUUACGUAAUUCAAUUGCUUUUGUCUUUGGACAUUGCAUUUCUUGCCAUGAAAUGGGUAUCAUUGUUGCACCUGCAACACUGGUCGCAUAAAUAACACCUAAUUCAUUUUUGGCUGUUGAUAAAAAGUAAGAACGUGCAUCACCUAACGAAAUAACCUCUGCCUUAAUCACAUCGCCUGGUC